CCUCCCACGCCGGAUGGAUGGCUGCCUGCCGCUCUUCUUCUGCCCGACAGGAGCCUCGCAACCUCAGGAAGAUGGCGGCGCCCAGCUACAUGUGGUAGCGGCCGGUUGUCCCGAAGAGGAAGAAGCCAUGAAGCGGAAGGCCGGCUCGGGCCGCCACGGCGGCGCGAUGAAACGGCUGCGGCUGGCGGUGCAGGAGUUCGUGCAUGCGACCGCAGGGGACGAGACCCCCGGCGGCGCGGAGGGUACGUGCCACGGCGGCAGACCGCGGGCGGCCCCGCGUCCCGGCGGGAAGAAGCGCCGCAAGGAGCUGAGGAAGGAGAAGCGGCACCUGAGGAAAGCCCGCCGGCUGCAGCGUACCGGGGGGCCGGCCAGGGCCCCGGGAGCCGCCGGGGAGAGACCGGGAAAAAAACAAAAGCAGGCGGGUGCGGCUGCGGCUGCGGUUCUGGCUCCAGCUCCGGCUGUGGCUCCGGCACCUGUUCCCGGAAAGCCGCAGAAACCAAAACAGCAGCAGAGGCCUCCGCCGGCCGAGGACAGGCCUCUCCGUGGGCCCACUCAGGCCCAGGCCCGGGGACCCGAUGCCGCCGCCGCCGCGGCUCGGAAACGGGCGCUUCUGGAGGCCAACGAGGAAGAGGACCGCGAGAUCCGGAAGCUGGAGCGCCGGCUGGGGCUGAGCAAGCGCCGCCAGAAGAAGAAGGGCGACGGCGGCCGCAGCAGCGGCUGUGCUAAAGCGGCUUUGCCGUCCAGUUUCGUCCGCGACGGCCUGGACUACAUCCUCGGGGCGCUGGACGCCGGCGGCGGCUCCGCCUUGUACGAGGAGGAGGACGACGAGGACGGGGAUGGGGAGGGGGCGCUGCUGCCCCGAGGGGGCGGUCUGGAUGGGGACAGUGAUAAGGGGGACUCGGGAGCAGACAGUGACGAGGGGGACGAGGAGGAGGAGGAGGCUAUUCUGGAAGACGAUCUCCAAGGAGAACAGGACGAGGAGGAUGAGGACGAGGAGGAGGAUGAAGAACAAGACGGCGCAGACACGCAGGUAGAGGCCGAGAAGGAAAAGAAAAAGAACAGGAAGAGGGUGCAUUUUGCAGAUGAGGAUAGCGAAGAUGCCUCUUCGGAGGAUGAGAGCCCCACUAAUGAGGUUCUUUCUAAAAGUGCAAAGUAUAUCCCACCUCAUGUGAGAAGAUCUGAGGAAACAGUGGAUGCCAAAAAGAAGGAAGAACUAGAAAGGUUAAAGAAAAAUGUGAAAGGUCUAAUUAACAGGUUGAGUGAACCUAACAUGGCUUCUAUAAGUGGACAGCUGGAAGAGCUAUACAUGGCAAACAGUAGAAAAGAUAUGAAUGACACUUUGACAGAUGUUCUUAUGAAUGCUUGUGUAACUGAAGCUGUGAUGCCUGCCAGACUGAUGAUGGAACAUGUCCUUUUGGUUAGCAUUCUUCACCACACUGUAGGAAUUGAGGUUGGUGCUCACUUUUUGGAAGCUGUGGUGAAGAAAUUUGAUGAAAUACAUAAAACUGGUAGUGAGGGAAAAGAGUGUGACAAUCUCUUUGCCAUAAUUGCCCAUCUAUAUAACUUCCGUGUGGUACAAUCUCUACUCAUCUUUGACAUUCUGAAAAAGCUUAUUGGAACUUUCACAGAAAAGGACAUUGAAUUGAUUCUCCUAAUGCUGAAAAAUGUUGGUUUUUCCUUGAGAAAAGAUGAUGCUUUGUCCCUGAAGGACCUGAUCACUGAAGCCCAGACCAAAGCCAAUGGAAUAGGCAAGAAGUUCCAAGAUCAAACUAGGAUUCGAUUCAUGCUUGAGACUAUGUUGGCACUAAAGAAUAAUGACAUGCGCAAAAUUCCAGGCUAUGACCCUGAACCUGUGGAGAAACUAAGAAAACUGCAGAGAACAUUGAUUCGAAACAGUGGUUCUGGUAAAGAAACUCAACUUCGAGUCUCCUGGGAAAGCCUUUUGAAUGCAGAGCAGAUUGGCAGGUGGUGGAUUGUAGGAUCAUCAUGGAGUGGAGCCCCAAUGAUUGACUGCAACAGUUAUAACCAGCAGAAACAGCUUAAAGGAACGGUUAGUUCAAAGAUACUAGAGCUUGCCCGAAAGCAGAGAAUGAACACUGAUAUCAGAAGAAAUAUUUUUUGUACAUUGAUGAUUAGUGAAGACUUUUUGGAUGCGUUUGAAAAGCUUCUAAAACUUGGACUCAGGGAUCAGCAAGAAAGAGAGAUAGUACAUGUCCUCAUAGAUUGCUGUCUACAAGAGAAAAUAUAUAAUCCUUUUUAUGCAUAUUUGGCUAGCAAAUUUUGUGAAUAUGAAAGGAGAUUUCAAAUGACAUUCCAGUUCAGCAUAUGGGACAAAUUUCGGGAUUUAGAAAACUUGUCAGCUACUGCAUUUUCUAAUUUUGUGCAGUUGGUGGCCCACUUGCUGAAGAAAAAGUCACUUCCACUUUCCAUCUUUAAGGUAGUUGAAUUCAGUGAACUGAACAAACCCAGAGUCCACUUUUUACGGAAAAUAUUACAUAAGCUAUUGAUGGAAACAGAAGUUGAAGAACUUGCCACAAUUUUUGGCAGAGUAUCUGACAACCCAAAGCUGGGAAUGUUGCGGGAAGGUUUGAAGCUUUUCAUUAGCCACUUCUUACUGAGGAAUGCACAGGCCCUCCAAAGUGCUGAAGAAGCCAAUACACUUAAAGAAAGAGCCGAUCUUGCAACAAAAUCUUUGCAAGGAAAAUCAUCCUUAAAAAUGUAGUGUUAUGGGAAAGGGUCAUGAUUGGAAUGAGUCAGUAAAACCAGAAGAUCUCUAGGCUGACAGAGCCAAUAUUACGAGACAUGAUAAUGAGACAAGAAUCUAUUUAUUUUUAUAUAUCUUUGUUGCAUGUGUAUAAAGUAUAUUGGGUAUAAUUUAUACAAUUUUUAUAUUGAAAAUGGUUUUCUAUCACUGGAUGUAAUGAGACCUUGAUAGAAAUUAAGAGUAGGCCACUAGAUGGUGCAAUAAUCAUGAAAAAAUUCAGUGUCAUUAGUGACUGUUUUUUAUUAAAAAGAAUUCCCUCAAUAAAAUUAUUUAAAUGUAA